UUUGAAACACCCCCACUCAGCCCCCUGCGCGCCCUCUCCUCUCUCUCUCUAGAAAAGUAGAAAACAGUAAAACCCUGACGUUCUUUCUCUAGCCUACUCUACACUCUACAUUUCCACCUGACUCACUCUAUUUCUGCCUUCCCGAGCCCAGGCUCGAUUCCCUCUUUCUCUGUCUCUCUCUAUCACUCCCAUUCUUGGGUUUUUAUUUAACUCACAUUCAGAUUCCAGUUAGAAUGGAAUCUUUACCUGAUGCAAUUGUACAAUAUAUCUUGUGCCACAUGGCAAAUGCCCGGGAUGUGGCAACCUGCACUUGUGUUUCCAAGCGCUGGAAGGACUCGAUGCCUUAUCUUAAGAGCCUCUACUUCCCUCGCAACUCUUUUGACAACCUGACUGGCGCAGACAAUUCUGACAAUGUUGUGUUCAAGAUGAUCUCCUCAAUAGUUAAAUUAGAACAGCUUGUUGUGUACUGCCCUUUCUCUAGUGCUGGCCUUGCUUCAUGGCUAUCAUAUGCAGGCUCAUCACUCCGACAUCUUGAGCUCCGGAUGGACAAUAUUGCUGAGCAUCCGAUUGGUUUUGAGGAUUCCUCAAAACCCUCCAAAUUGGAUUGCAUUGCAUAUGCCAGGAAUUUGGAGUCGCUAAAGCUUUGGGGUGUAUUGAUGACACAUCCCCCCAAAUGGGACUUCUUUCAAAGUCUUCGAAAUCUUGAAAUUGUUGGUGCAAGAUUGGAGGACCCUGCAUUGUCCAAUGCACUCCAGGCUUGCCCAAAUUUGACCCACUUGUUGCUACUUGGUUGCGAAGGAGUGAGAUCAGUUUCAAUCGAAUUGCCACAUUUGGAGCAGUGUAAACUUGACUUUUAUGGUUGGGGUAACUGCUCGCUUUCUGUCAUUUCCCCAAAACUUGAACUCCUUGAGGUACAAGGUUGUAGUUGGAUUCGAGUUCGUGAGACUCAGUACUUAAGGAAUCUCUCCAUUGCCAAUAAUGCUGGGAGGGUCUACAUGGUGGAUUUUGGAAAGCUUGCUUCCCUUGAGUUUUUGUCAAUAAGAGGGGUGCAGUGGUGUUGGGAUGCAAUAAGCAAAAUGCUCCAGUGGGCAAGUGAUGUGAAGCAUCUCUAUAUGAAGGUGGAAUUCACUGGGGAUUUUGAAGCUCUUCUGCCAUUUCCAGAGAUUGACUUUGUUGACUUCUUUAACAGCCAUCCUAAGCUGCAAAAAUUUGACAUCCAUGGAGCCAUGUUUGCUGCUCUUUGCCAGAAGAACAGCCUGAAAAAUGUGGAUUCAAGUUUUGUGAUUCCAUGUCUAGAGGAGGUGCUGGUCACAGUGAGAUCACCAUUAAAUGCUGAACAGAAAAUGAGCACUCUAGAAUCACUACUGAAGUAUGGGAAGAAUUUAAAGAGUAUGGUAAUAAAGAUUCUUCAGAUGAAGAGCAACCAUAGCAGUGUGGAUGAUUUCUUCGAGGACAUAUGCAGGUUCAGGUACAUGAACCGCAAGAUUGUUCGGAUAGAAUAAACAAACAAGGGACACUCCUCUUACCUCAUUCAUGCAGUCCCAAUUCAAAUGGGAAUCAUGCAAUUGCAAUUCAAAUGAUUCCCAUUAGUACUCUGGUUAAACUAUUAACUGCUAAUGUUGUGGUUAAAACUUUUGACCAUUCUUUAAUCAUGAGAUUCAUAACAUGCUUUCAGUUUUCUCUGUGUUCCCUGUU